AUGCGUGUGCUAAUUUGUAAUAUUUCGAAACUUUCAAGUGUUGAAGUUCAAAGGGUAUAAAAUUUAUUCUUCUAAGUGUAGCAAGUGACAUCUCAGCGGAAAAAACAUGAAACUUUCUUUCUACCCAAAACUUUGAAGAGAAAACACAGUUUUCAUUAAAUCUUAAAAAAAAUAUGGAAAAACCAGUAGUUUUGGCUCGUGUCAUUAAAGUAUUGGGUCGCACAGGAUCCCAAGGACAAUGUACACAAGUAAAAGUUGAGUUCCUCAAUGAUCCAACUCGUGCUAUCAUUCGAAACGUCAAAGGACCUGUUCGUGAGGGAGAUAUUUUGACUUUGCUUGAAUCUGAACGUGAAGCUAGAAGAUUACGUUAAUGGACCAAGCUUUUUAAAAAUAUCAGUUAUGAUCAACAACAUCCCGAUUUGAAAACAUUGUAAAAUUUUUGAUAAUCUAUCAAAAUGUUCAAAUAAAUCGAACCUUCCUGAAAAGAAAUAAACCAAAUGCAGUUUAAGACGAGUGAAUCAUUUUGUUAUUUCCAUACAUUGUUUCAGAAUGUCGAGUCAACUUGCAAAAAUUCUGAUAUCCAAAA